CCCCCCUCUCCUCCCUCAUCACCCCCUCCCCCCUCUCCUCCCUCCUCCCUCCCUCCCUGUCUGUCAGGAUCCAAACCUCUGCCGCUUUUUAACCCCUGACAUCAUCGGCUGCCGCACCACUAUCGCCUUCCUUCUCGGGACAGCAGACCCGUGGACGUUUAACUCUUCGCUGCACUGACUCUUCGGCCGGAUGGAGGACUACCACAAACCCGACCAGCAGACGCUGCAGGCGCUGCGCAACAUCGCCACCAGGCUGCGGAUCAACUCCAUCAAGGCGACAACCGCAGCGGGCAGCGGUCAUCCCACAUCAUGUUGCAGCGUGUCAGAGAUUAUGUCUGUGCUGUUCUUCCACACCAUGAAGUACAGACCGGAAGACCCCCGUAACGCCAACAACGACCGAUUCAUCCUCUCUAAGGGUCAUGCGGCCCCUGUGCUGUACGCCGUGUGGGCGGAGACGGGCUACCUAAAGGAGAACGAGCUGCUCAACCUGCGCAAGGUGGACUCCAUCCUGGAGGGACAUCCCGUGCCGAAGCAGCAGUUUGUGGAUGUGGCCACGGGUUCUCUGGGUCAGGGGCUGGGAGCUGCCUGUGGAAUGGCGUACACCGGAAAGUACUUCGACAAGGCCAGCUAUCGGGUCUUCUGCCUGCUUGGUGAUGGAGAGAUGUCCGAGGGCUCCGUGUGGGAGGCCAUGGCCUUCGCCUCUUACUACCAGCUAGACAACCUGGUGGCCAUUUUGGACAUCAACCGCCUGGGUCAGAGCGACCCGGCUCCCCUUCAGCACCACGUGGAGAAGUACCAGCGGCGCUGUGAGGCUUUUGGAUGGCAGUCCAUCAUUGUGGACGGCCACAGUGUGGAGGAGCUCUGUAAGGUGCUGAGUCAACCGCGCCACCAGCCGCUCGCCAUCAUCGCCAAGACGAUCAAGGGAAAAGGCAUCCCAGCGGCGGAGGAUAAGAUGGGCUGGCAUGGGAAACCCUUGCCCAAAGACAUGGCCGACAGCGUGAUCAAGGAGAUGCAGAGCCGCAUAGUCAGCUGCAACAAGCGCCUGUAUCCUGCACCGCCCAUUGAGGACGCCUCACCUGUCAGCCUGCGCAACGUCCGCAUGCCGAGUGCACCCAGCUACAAACCUGGAGACAAGAUUUCUACAAGGAAGGCCUACGGCACGGCGCUGGCCAAGCUGGGCCGUUACAACGACCACGUGGUUGCGCUGGACGGAGACACCAAGAAUUCCACCUUCUCCGAGCUCUUCAAGAACGAACACCCCAACCGCUACGUGGAGUGCUACAUCGCAGAGCAGAACAUGGUGAGCGUUGCAGUGGGCUGCGCCGUGAGGGACCGCAACGUGGUGUUUGCCAGCACCUUCGCUACCUUCUUCAGCCGGGCCUACGACCAGCUCCGCAUGGCCAGCAUCUCUGAGAGCAACAUCAACCUCUGCGGCUCCCACUGCGGGGUCUCUAUUGGUGAGGACGGACCUUCUCAGAUGGGCCUGGAAGACCUGGCCAUGUUUAGGGCUAUUCCCACGGCAACCGUCUUUUACCCAAGCGAUGGAGUCUCCACUGAGAAAGCUGUGGAGCUCGCUGCCAACACGAAGGGUUUAUGUUUCAUCCGAACGAGCCGCCCAGAGAACUCCGUCAUCUACAACUCCAAUGAGGACUUCCAUGUUGGUCAGGCUAAGGUUGUGUACAAAACCAAUGACGACCAUGUGACUGUGAUUGGAGCAGGAGUGACCCUCCACGAGGCUCUGGCGGCUGCUGAGCAGCUGAAGAAGGAAAGAAUUAACAUCCGUGUGAUUGACCCGUUCACCAUCAAACCCCUGGACUCCAAGACCAUCAUUGACAGCGCCAGGGCCACCCGAGGACGCGUCAUCACAGUGGAGGACCACUACUACGAAGGUGGUCUAGGCGAGGCCGUGUGCUCAGCGGUCGUGAACGAGACGGGCUUCACCGUGCACCGCCUGGCGGUCUCCCAGGUGCCCCGCAGCGGCAAACCGCAGGAGCUGCUCCGGAUCUUCGGCAUCGACCGCGACGCCAUCACUCAGGCGGUGCGAAAGGUGCUCAGCAGCACCGCCAACGCCAAGUGAGGACGUUGCAGCGAGGGGCCCGGUGUUCGGUAAAGGCCUCUGGGGGUUAACUGGUGAUCGCCAUGGAGACGACAAGCCAGGAACCCGACACAGCGGGAGGGAAAAGCCCUUCUGGCCCAAACUCACGCUCUUCUCCUCGUUAAACAAUCCAAGGCAAUCGUUUGAAAAAUCCCCCCCCAAAAAAAGAACCCCGGCUUUCCUCUGUAACUGUCAUUGACGUGGUUUUGACACCCCAGAUUUUUAACCCAUUAGUUUGUGUAAACACCCCCCCUCCUUCUUCCUAGGGAAAGUUCUGGCACUGCUGUAGUGUUCCAGUAAAAGCAGUGAACGUGGUUUGGAGUAAAGUGAAGUGUUUUUAUAUUUUCUGUGGAAUCCCUCUCACUUCUUCACACAUCGUUUUGUACGUACGCCCCCCCGGUUCGACUCUUUAACCCCCCCACUCACUCUGGUCUGUUCAAGCACUGACUGUUUUAAACCUUUUGACCCUGACUUGGAUGGGACUGCUUCACAUCAAUAAAGGGAACGUUUCUUCACAA